CAUCCAUUCAUAUUUUACUCUCACCACCCGCCGUCAUCUGCUCUCCCCUUCCUUUCUCGACCGCGCUCGCGCUCGCGCCGUCGCCCAUCCCUCAUACAAGUCCAAGUCGUCGGGUCUAGAUCUGAUCCGGCCAGCGGCCGCACACGUGUCUAUUCCCAGGGGCUAAAUUUAUCCACCCCAUACCAACUCUCCUCCGUCACCUACGCGCCGUAACCCGAGCACGAUGGCGUCGUCGAGCAGAACAUCAUUGUCCUCCCAGUCUAUUUCGCGCAAUAAACAAUCUACUUUACCCUCACGCGCAUCGUCCCUGCUGACCUCGGAUUCCCCUGCUGGUGCUGGUGCGGCAUCGGAACCUUUAUACCAAGUGAAGCUGCUCAAUGCACUGAGGAGCGGCGAUCCUGCCCUUAUUCACCCGUUCCUCGCUGAAAUCGGUAAAGAGAAGCGGAAGAGCUCGGACCAGCGAGCAAGCAAUGUCUCAAGUGGUGCGAGUGUGGCCAGCGGCGGAAAGGCCCUCCCGAGCGAGUUGGAUAUGGGCGCUGCCUCUCUUCACCUUGCGAUCCGCUGCGCCUCUCUGGAUACCAUUUCACUGCUCCUUUCGCACCGGGCUAUCUCGCCCAACGGGAUUCAUCCUCCAGGCUCUGGCACGACCCCUCUGCAUCUAGCUGCUUCGCUCGGACGAGCAGAUGUAGUCAAUCUGCUGCUUGAGCAGGAGGGCAUCAAUGAUACGUUGCUUGAUAACGAAGGCCGCGAUGCUAAGGAUUCGGGGAAGACCCGGGAGGUAGUCAAGGUAUUCAAUGGUGCGUUUGUUCAAUCUGGUCCCCGAACCCCCAUCCAACCUGUGAAUCGCAGAUUCGCGAGCUUUUCUGAACGCAUCCUAUCGCUCCCUUCUCCGUUCUUACAUACUAUCGCCUUUCGGGUCUCAUCACCAACACUCCUCGUCCACGGGGAGUCUAUCGGCUGCCAGUAUGUCUGCAAUUCUGUAUUUUGGCGGGGAUCUGAACCACAGGCACCAGCUCCCAAACUGCACACAAGCCCAAGUACAUCUGCAGGACCUCCACCUGCACUACUGUCUCUGCUUUCGUCUCCUCGUGUGGCACAUGUCGAUCUCAACUAUUUGGACGAUGGUAGCGGGAAGUCUCUGCUUCACGAAGCCGCACGGAGGAGAGAUCUCAGAUUGCUAGAGCUUGCUGUGCGCGCAGGUGCCGAUGUCUUCGUUCGAGAUAUGCGCGGGAAGCUACCGGGAGAAGGCUUGCCGUCGACAACAACAGGCUAUUCCGGUGGUGGGAAAGGAAAGGGGGAUGGAGACGUCAAGGCGUUUCUGAGGCAACUGACGAACCAAGACCCGGCUCUCCUACAGCGAAGCCCCAAUCUCAGUGGAGCUGCUGCUCCAUCGGCGCCUCCAUCCCUCCGUGGCCAUCUGAACAAGUACACCAAUGUCGCCCGGGGAUGGAACACAAGGUGGUUCGUAUUGGAUGCCGGUGUCCUUAGCUAUUAUCGCCAACAACAGGAUGAGCUUUACUCUAGUCGAGGUGCCAUCUCUGUGACGAACUGUGUUCUAAAACCGCCUUCCGGUACAGAUCGGUUGAGGUACCUGAAGGCAAACCAUCCGAUCGAGGCUCAGCGCUGGAUCUCCGCCAUCCAGGCUAGCGUGGCAUGGAGCAAGUCCCACGACGGGGAGGAAGGUGCGGACGAUGUGCUCGGCACCAAAGCUAGCAUCACCAGCGGGGCAAGCGCGCAUCAUCCGCAUGGUCGGACGAGAGUCGUCAGUGCCAUGAGACGACACACUGGUUCCACAGCAGCGCCCAGCCUUGACGCUGGCCCAACGCUUAGUCAGCGAGAGAGCGGGGAAGGCUAUUCCGAUGCGGAGCUCGGGGAAGAUCCUUCACCACUGGAGGAGGAGGAUGAAGACGAGGAAUUUGAGGAUUCGUCCGCAAGCGCCUCAAUACGCACGCAUCGGCUCGCUGUCCCACACGAAGCAACAUUCGAACUUCUUGGAAACAGUGUCGUCACGCAAUUGGAGCUUUCCUUGGGCCUGUUGCCCGAAGGACCAACCCACGAUGCAGUCCGGGACUCACUGGCGACAGUGACCGAAUAUGUCGGGGUUGCUCGUGAGCGAGAUACUUGGUGGCGCAAACACUAUGCCAAGGCCAAGGCGAAGCAGAAUGCCUGGGAGCAGAGCCUGGACAGUGCCGUCCGGGAGAGUGAAAUCCUGGAGAGGGAGCUGAGAGCGAGAAGCCGGAAGCGAGGCAGUCGGUUCUUCGAUUCCGGCGAGACUGCAAAUGGGACGCUGACGCUCAAGGGGCGGAGGAGAAUGAGCAUGCUCGUGGCUACCCCACCGGUACAAGAGCUUGCCGCCGAAUCGGAACCUCCUGCGGCGAUUGUGGUAUCGCCCCCCAUUGGGGAGGCUCCGCUCCAGUCUCCCCCGCUCAUGUCACCUUCCGCGACUUUGUCACCCCCUGUUUCAUCCGAUCCGAAUUACUUCAACGACAAUGAAUCUGCCAUCGACACUGACGACGAGGACGAGUUCUUUGACGCGAUCGAGUCUAACCAAAUCCCGAACCUGGUCAUCAACCAAGCCUUGACGUCACCAACACACUCUGAAUUGGCUUUGCCGGCACAGAUUAGCGUCCAGUCGUACGCUGGGUAUCAGCCCUUGCGGACUAAACUGCAUCUACUGCAAGAACGACCGAAUGCCAGUCUGUGGAGUGUACUGAAGCAUUCGAUCGGGAAGGAUCUUACCAAGAUCAGUUUCCCUGUGUUCUUCAACGAGCCAACGAGUAUGCUCCAGAGGAUGGCAGAAGAUAUGGAGUUUUCCGAAUGCUUGGAUGUUGCUGCAAAAGAGACCGAUGCGCACCGACGGAUUGCGUUUGUGGCUGCGUUUGCCAUGUCCAACUACUCGUCGACCAUUGGUCGUAUUGCCAAGCCGUUCAAUCCUAUGCUGAGCGAGACGUUCGAGUAUGUCCGGGUGGACAAGGAAUAUCGAUACCUUUCCGAGCAAGUGAGCCAUCACCCACCUAUUUCUGCCUGUAUCGCAGAAUCGCCGUAUUGGUCGUACUUUGGCGAGGUCGACGCUCAAAACAAAUUCAUGGGCAAGUCGUUUGAAAUUCGGCCCACCGGUAUCGCACACGCAGAGCUGCUGCUGCCUCCAGAGGUGGCGCCGUCGUACCCGAAAGCCGGACUGAGUGGACCGUUCCAGAACCGAGUCAAAGAGCACUUCAGCUGGAAGAAGGUCACCACGAAUGUGUCUGGAUUCAUUCUCGGAUCGCCGACGAUUGACCAUUACGGGGACAUGGUCAUCACCAAUCACCGGACGAAAGACACAUGCAUUCUGACCUUCAAACCACGGGGCUGGCGAGGCAAGGAUGCCUACGAGAUAUCGGGCACAGUCCAGGACAAGCAUGGGCGGGUGACCUAUGAGAUUUCGGGCCGCUGGAACUCACAGCUCAUCGCGCGCCAAGUCGGUGUUGGGGGCGGAGGUGCUUUGAACCCCGAUUUGGCUGUCUCGGGGCCGAACUCGCCGUCAGCGUCACCCGAAUACAUCUUGCUGUGGCGUAACUCGGAGAAACCGGAAGGCUCGCCGUUCAAUCUGACGCCAUUUGCGAUCACUCUUAACGACUGUCCGAAGGACACGUUGAAGCCGUUUGUGUGUCCGACGGAUUGCCGGCUGCGGCCUGACCAGCGGGCAUUCGAGAUGGGCCGGUUCGAGGAUGCGAAUGGGCUCAAGAACGAUCAGGAGGAGAAGCAGCGAGCGACAAGGAAGGCCAGAGAGAUUGGCAGACUACCCGAACAUCGGCCGCGGUGGUUUUCGGCGGAGACUGACGGCGAUACGGGCGAGAGAGUGUGGACGCCAGCUCGGGGAGAAGAUGGACAAUUGGAGUACUGGGCGGAACGGGAAAGGGUGUGGAAGCUGGGAGGCAACCAGCCAUGGAAAGCUGUGGACGAUAUAUUCAUAGAGGAACCGGAUUACAUUCGGAACGCAUAGUUUUGGAUUACUGCAUUUGAUAAUGGAUUUUAUCUUAUAUCGUUGUUAAAACAAGUAGUGUAAUCCGUCUACGUUUCAUCCGUUGCAUCUCGACGGAAUGCCUCGUUGGAGCGCUGCCAAGCGCCAGAGAACGAGGAUAUCCAUGCAACCCGCCAAUUUAAGCCGCAGUCAUGUCGUCGGGCACUUGCCCCCUAAACACGAUCGUUACGUUCGAUGGAUACGCCUUCCGCGCAGUGGGUUAUUUAUGCCGCUGUAGCUCUUCCUCUCUUCAAUGCGUUGAAUUCCGCUCCUGUCAUUCGUGGUAGGCCAGAACAUGCUCCAGUGGUUUCCUCAGCUGAUUCGGGAACAAUACCAGUCUAGAUACCAUAUCUUCAACUUCCCACUUCUUCGGCGCCCAAGAUGAUACAUGGCGGAAGCAUCGAGCUGGUCGUGCUUUUGUGUCUGACAGCGUUCUUCCUUUUUUGUGCGGCGCUCGCCUAUUUGCUCCGGAUACGCGCACGCGCACGGAGAGUCGAGCCCUUGGCUAGCGGCGGAGAUGCGGAGUCGGGACGACAACGUCAGUCCAAGGGGUCUGGGGACAAGAGGGAGAGUCUCGCCGGUCGAGUGGACCCCUUCUCGUCCACCGACCACUUUUCGUGGUUCAGGUCCGAAGACAAGAUUUCGACGACGACGACGAUCCCGCCAUCGCCCUCCCCCACACCAUCGGACUUGAGCAGCAACAGCGGCAGCGCCGCAUGCACUGUG